AUGUCGCAAGCUGCUCUUCGCAGAACGAGGGCCAUUGCGUCUCAUUUGGUCGUUGCACCAACGGGUUCUCAGCGGUGCAUCUCCACCCGACCACCGGUUGCAACAAAACCAUCCCUCGCGCGGGAACGAACAGUGGGAUUCUACAAGUAUUGGAUCGACAUCAACACAAGGUACAUGUUUGACACGGCUCUUUGUCGACUGUUGUGCAAUAUCAGUUGCCUCUCAAUGUGUGUAGCUAAUCAAUGUGGCAACUUUAUAGAUGCUACAUAUUACACCUUUUUUGACACUGUCGUAAACUCAUACCUCAUCACCCACUGUAACCUCAAACCCUCGUCCAUCCGCACACCCAACCCGGAACCCAUUUUCUAUGUCAUCUCCUCCCAAGCGUCCUAUCACGCCCCAGCCUCGUUCCCGGAAAAGCUUCGCGCUGGAAUGGCCGUGGCCAAAGUUGGGACGACGAGCGUGGUGUACAAGGUCGGUGUAUUCAAGCAGGUGGAAAGUGGUGAAUGGACGUGUGCUGUGAGCGGGGAGUUUGUGCAUGUUUGUGUGGAUUCGAGGACCGGACGCCCCUUACCCAUGGUAAAUGAGGUGAAGGAGGGCUUAGAGAAGGUUGUCGUCGACCAAUCAUAA